AUGGGUUCCCCGACGGCCUCCGCUUCCUCCUCCUCUGCUCUCUCAACCCUAUCACUGCCCACCGCCUUCAACGGUCCGCCGGCGUCCGCCGUCCCCUCGCCAUCUGCUAGCCUUAUCACCGCCAAGCUCACCACCUCCAACUUCCUCCUAUGGCGAGCUCAGUACCGUCAGGACCAGAUUGUUCUCAGCUACCUCCUCGCCUCUCUCUCCGAUGAAGUGCUGCAGCAGGUGCAUCGGUUUGAAACGUCUCGCGCCAUCUGGGCGCAUGUCGAGGAGAUGUACAACAUCCACUGUCGUGCCAGCAUCAUCCAGAUCAAGCUGGACAUGGCGGUCUUCCGGAAGGGCAACCUCUCCAUGGCGGACUACUUCGCCAAGAUCCGCACCAACGCCGACCAGCUUGCUGCCGUCGGCCAUGCCAUGCGUGAUGAGGACAUCAUCACCGCCGUCAUCACCGGCCUCGACAGCGACUACGAGCCACUCAUCAUUGCUGCCACGACUUGCCUUGAUGGAAUGUCUCUUGGGGAGUUUUACUCCCACGCCAUCGCCUUCGAACGCCGUCGUGAGUACAACGCCGCUCGUCUUCAUCCCAGCGGCUCCUCCGUCAACUACGUCGCUCGGGACACCAACGGCAACACCAACAACAACCCUCCCAAUCGGGGCAAGGGCAACUACCGCGGCAAGGGUCGCGGCAACGGCGGUGACCGCGACGGCUACAACAAUUCUUGCGGAGGUGACCGCGGGAACCGUGGCGGGGGUGGUGCGCGCCAGCAAGGCGACUUCGGCGGCAACUGA